AUGGCAAACGACAUUAAAGGUUGGGCAACUGUGGAUCAGAUGAUAGCUUUGAACGGGUUUUUGAAGCUUGAUCCACAGUUGCUAAGUGGAAAAUUUAGCAGUAGUUUUACGUUUAAAACCGCUCAAAAACGUUGGGAGGAAAUUGCUGAGUCUCUAAAUGCAAUGCCCGGAGCCGUUAAAAAUUGGAAUAAAUGGCGUAAAACUUUUCAAGAUAAUCGAACCAAAGCUAAGACCAAACAGGCAAUGAUUAGAGCAGCACAAAGAAAAACUGGCCAUAAUACACCAUAUGUUCUACACUGA